AUGACACUUAAUCCCUUCCCAACUCACCAAUAUUAUAAUAUUACCACAUUCCCACAUUACCUCUCCACUUCGCCGCCGGUCAACUUCACUCCCCCACCAUCUCUCCAUCACAAGCCGCGCUGGGCCCGAAUGGAUGCCGGCCCAGCAUCCACCCCACACCACCGCAAAGACAAGGUCGUCGUCAUUAUGGGCGCCACCGGCGCCGGCAAGUCCAGCCUCUCAAUCGACCUCGCCACUCGCUUCCCUUUCUGCUUCGAAGUCAUCAACUCCGACAAGAUACAAGUCUACAAAGGCCUCGACAUCACCACCAACAAGAUUCCUCUCCCAGACCGCCAAGGGGUCCCACACCAUCUCCUCGGCGAGCUCGACCCUCUCGACGGCGAACUCUCCCCCACCGAGUUUCGACACCUCGCAGGUCGUGUCGUGUCCGACAUUAGAUCCAGAAGGAGAGUCCCCAUGCUGGUCGGCGGCUCAAACUCUCUCAUUCACGCGUUGCUAGUAGAGCGGUUCGAACCGGGCGUUAAUGUGUUCGAGAACGGCGCCGAGUUAGUGUCGUCGGAGCUCAGGUAUGACUGCUGCUUUCUAUGGGUUGACGUGUCGUUGGUGGUUCUGGCCGAGUACUUAUCGAAGCGAGUUGACGAAAUGCUUGAGUCGGGAAUGUUUAAGGAGCUGGCCGAGUUUUGCGACGACGACGACGGCGACUCGGAGGUUCGAACCGGGUUGAGAAAGGCUAUAGGAGUGCCGGAGUUCGGCCGGUUUUUUAAAAAGUACCCACCGGCGGGAAGAAGCCAGUGUUGUCAGGGUGCGGGGCCCCGUGAUCCACUGCGGGAAGGAGCAGCGUACAACGAUGCGGUGAGGGCCAUUAAGGACAACACGUGUCAGUUGGCCAAGAAGCAGAUUGGAAAGAUUCGACGGCUCAAGGGGGCUGAAGGGUGGGACCUACGGAGGCUAGACGCGACGGAGGCGUUCAGGGCGGUGAUGACAUCAGACAGCGACGUCGUCGGGAGGAAGUGGUCGGAGAUAUGGGAGGAACAGGUGGUGGAACCAAGCGUGAAAAUUGUGAAGCAAUUCUUGGAGGAGUAGGUCGUCCAGC